CAGAAAGGAGUGAAUAGCAUGUUCCUAAUACUUACUAAAGAAGAGGAGGGCUGGGUGAAUCCUUCUAGGGUGGGUGGGUGUGUGUGGCUUGUCCUCUCUCCCUGCCACUCCUAUCCUCCCCCCCUUCUCAUACACAAAACACACAAUAGACCAACACAAAGAGGACAUAAGGUUCAAUGCUCCUCCUCUCCCAUAUAGCAUGUAGAUUUGUAGGGUGGCAUUUCUAAACAUGGUCCUGUAACCAAGAAGGCCUUUUCUUGCCAAGGAAAAUGCAGAAGAUGCUAGGCUGAGGAGCUGACAUUUGUAAAGGAUUUCCCUAGCAUAUCAGGAUUGUCUACACCAAAGCCUGCUGUUGUAGGAUCCAAAUCCAUCCACUAUGGGCAAAUGCACUGGGAGAUGUACCUUGGUUGGGAUCUGCUGCCUGCAGCUGGCAGCUGCACUACAGAGACAAAUCUUUGACUUCCUCGGCUACCAGUGGGCACCAAUAUUAGCCAAUUUCCUGCAUAUUAUGGCAGUCAUCUUGGGAAUAUUUGGCACUCUGCAUUACAGAUCCAAGUACCUGAUAUUGUAUUCAGUUUGGCUAGCAUUAUGGGUGGCUUGGAAUGCAUUUAUAAUCUGCUUCUACCUGGAAGUGGGACAUUUAUCACAGCACAGGGACCUAAUAAUGAACUUUAACACCUCCUUACAUCGAUCAUGGUGGAUGGAAAAUGGACCAGGCUGCCUGGUGACGCCGGUUCGUACAGCUCCUCUGUCACUGGCUGAUCACCAUAUGGUAACAGUAACUGGAUGUCUUCUUGAUUAUCCUUAUAUUGAGGCCCUGAGCAGUGCUUUACAGAUUUUUCUAGCGGUGAGUAUUUACAAUGAUAAACCACAGAAGUAUCUCUCAAGGAUUGUUACAUUGUACAUUUCAAUCCAGGUUUACAUAAUAUUAUAUCAUCCUAUUACAUAAUAAUGUGAGAAGACA